AUGAGUACACCUGAAAUCCGUGUGUAUGAGAAAACUGCACCUCCGAAACAGCUCGAUUAUGACGACAGAAGUGAAAAAGUUCAAAAAGCAGAUGUACAUGAGCUUGAUAGGAAAAAGAUGGAUCUUGCCAGAGCAAAGGUGAAAAAGACGAAAGCAGCCAGAGCGCAAGCAAAGCUGGAAGAGAGGAACUGGGUCGAGUUUCGAAAACUCCAAGUGUUGUAUGACUGCCGACCUAAGUCUCGAGGGGCUUCACAACGUAACGAUGAUUCAUUCCCGCGACGUCGCCGAGGCGUCUCAAUGGGUUUUGGGGAGCGCAAAGCGUAUUUCUUAGCAAUACGCCCGAAUCCACGCUACGCAACAUGACCCACCUGUGAAGCUACUCCACAUUCACAAGUAUUCUGUGUGCCAGUAGCGCAGGAUGAGCGAACAAUUUUGGAUGAGAAGGAUGAAGACGAUGUCAAUCUCGAAAAAAAGGGUAACCAUGCUCUGAAUCCAUUGGUAAACGGCAUACCGUUUUGGAUUACUCCUGAAGAGGAAGAGGAGCUGAAUGAAGAGGACCUGCCAAUAGAUAGAGACUUGAUAGAAAAGGUGGCUCACAAAUUAUCUGAGCAAAAAGCUGCUAAAUUUCUGAAUCCUCAGGUUCUGGAUGGUACCUUCAACAUCGCCUCAAACACAUUAGCUCGUAAGCGAUUCGAUCCAUUCUCAGAGACUGACUCCUACAAAAAAUUAGACAAAUUUUUCACAAGAGAUCUCAUAAUUGGUGACACAGUUAAAACAGUGAUAAACCUAUUGGAGGAGCCAAAUGACGAUCACAAAAAGAAAGAAGCUCAAAAAAAUCUUGUUACAUGGGGAGCACAUGUGCUUGUAUCCACAUUUGACAUUAAUAAUCGAAAAGUGGAAGUGCCAGAAAAUUUGAAGAUUGAGCCAUUGAGAGACAUUGUGCGGCUGUAA